CAGUAAUCAGUAUUUUUUCUUUCAGACCUGUGCAUGCUCUUCACGUGCAAAAUGCGUGAAAGAAUUUAUUUGUCUUUGUCUCUUUGUGGUUUUGCAUCGAUAUUUAGUCCUUAUUUACAUACCUAAGAUUUUAGUAUUUCCCUCCCUGGCUAUAAUUUACUUUGAACAAUUCCACUCCAGGUACGUUUCAAAGUCAGUUUUCUAAAAAUAGUGCUCCAGCUACAUACGGAUCUUUGUCAAAAAACGAUCGCAUUGGCAUGUGGGACAUCCGGGGAGUCCCAUUUUCCGUUUAACAUUAAGGGGCUACCUCAAUAUAUAACAUAUUUCAGAAUGCGUAUUUUAUUAUAUACAUGAGAGUAUAACAACUAUAAUUCUUACAUUAUCAAACUUUGAACGCAUUUAAGUUAUUCUAGCUAUCUGUACGUUUUUCCGACGCAUGUAAAUGACCAAAAUAAUUUAACUAGAUAGAAUUAGGCUUUUUUUGUCGUGACAAACAUGUUUAUAUAUCCACGUUCGCAAUCGGAUGUAAUCGUCUAUUCAUCGGACAGCUUUCGUUCGUCCAAAAAUAAUUUUAAGUGAUCCUAUUUAUCUGGUUAGUUUUACGGAUUUAUAUUGUCGAUUUUCAUGGGCACGUGCCUAGGAUAUUUUCUACCUCGUUUUCAAUUGCUUAUUUUGUAAAUAUUUCUGAUUUAUCUCUCGAAGACAAUUCAUUCUCUUGUUUGAGUCUGAAUAUGAUCAAAGAAGACUGUGAUCUUAUUGUCCGAGCAAGAGGUUUGCCAUGGUCAGCAACUAAAGAUGAUAUUCAACAGUUCUUUUCAGGUUGUGAAAUAGAAGGUGGGGCGCAAGAUGGGAUACAUUUUACAUUCUCACGAGAUGGACGACCAAGUGGUGAAUGUUUUGUUGAGUUUGCAACAAUUGAGGAUUUCAACAGGGCGCUAACACGAGAUAAUGAGCACAUGGGCAAGAGAUAUGUUGAAGUUUUUCAAUCCAAACGCAGCGAGAUGGAAUGGGCUUGUAAGCGGCCAGGGGGACCAGACUCAGAUGAAAAUGACAACAGAGUUGUACGGUUAAGAGGUUUACCCUAUGGAUGCUCCAAAGAAGAGGUGGCUAACUUCUUUAAAGGGUUGGAGAUAGCUCCCAAUGGGAUAACGAUUGCGCUAGAUGAUGAUGGGAAGAAUACUGGGGACGCUUAUGUGGAGUUUGCCACGCCAGAAAUUUCUAGUCAAGCCAUGAACAAACACAAGGAAAAGAUUGGGCACAGAUAUAUUGAGAUAUUCCCGAGCUCAAUACAGGAAGCCAGAUCAGCAUUAACGCCAAAACCACGUCCUUUAAUGGCGGCAAGAUUUGGUCCCUAUGAAAGAAAAUCGUUUGGAGGCGGUGGGUCAGGUUUUGGGGGAAGAACCAGCGGCUUUGAAAGAAGAUAUCGUGGAGGUGGUCGAGGUGGAUACGGAGGGAUGCGAAGCGGUCGCGAUGAUUCUGGAGGCUUUGGAGGUGGUGGUUUCGGAAGAAGUGGGGGUUCCGGAGGGUUGUCUAAGAGUACCACGGGGCAUUGUGUGCACAUGCGCGGCCUGCCCUUCUCCGCGACGGAAAACGACGUGAAACAAUGGUUCAUGCCUCUCAACCCAGUGGCCAUAAGAAUGGAAUUUGAGACCAGCGGUUCCGGUCAGAGGAGGUCACGUGGUGAGGCUGACGUGGAUUUUGCAACCGAAGCUGACGCGAAAGCGGCUAUGGCGAAGGACAAACAAAAUAUGGGUCAUCGUUACAUCGAGUUAUUCUUGAGAUCAGAAUUUGAGGAGAGUGGAGGUGAUGAUUGGAGUGGUGGUGACCAGUCCUUUUUCUCAGGCAACGGCAUGAAUUUCUCAAACAAUGCUGGAGGAUUUGGAAACAACUUUAGCAACAGUGCAGCGGCUGCCCCGGGGUUUAACGCUGCCCCAGGGGGAGGAGCUGCUGGUUUCGGCGGUGGUAAUUUCGGCAGCCAAGCAAAUACAUUCGGGAACAUGCCUGGUGCUGGAGCGAAUACAGGCUACGGUGGGGGGUAUGGUGCGACCCAGACGGCGAGCAGUAUGGGUAACACGGGAUUCUUUGGGAUAACCGGGACCGCAGGUAGCGGUCAAAGCGGGAUGAUAAGUGGUGGUGCUUUUGGAAACCAGUCAACGGGAAUGCAGACUCAAGCGACACCGGGGUAUAGCGCCAGUGGAACAUCAGCUGGUGCGUUCUCAUCUACGGCAGCUGGAGCUUUCAACUCAGCGACAAACUAUUAUGGACAAGACUCUAAGACAGGGAUGAUAUCCUAUCCAACUCAGUACUAGCAACUUCCUGUCAUCGCAGGAAAUUCGUGAGGUUACGAGUGAAAACUACUAGACUAGUUAUUGUACCGUAAUUGAGUUUGAUUUACAACCACCAGAUGUGAUGCGUGGAAAACCAUUUCGGCCAACGAUCGCAUCUGUUUCCUUAAAGCACGUCUAGAGACUUAACAAUCCGUUGUUAUUCAUUCACUUCCCUACAGUACUGCAUCUAAACACACUAGACCCCGACCAGGGCACAUUGAAAGGCAUGUAAAUCUGGGAUUGUGAAGAUGGCAACAGAUAUGCCAUAGAGAAAUAAAUUUCAAGAGAUAUUGAACCUUCGAAAUGUGUGAGAUAUUUGAUAAAUUUAGGCCUGUUUCAAGAAUAAGUUUCAUCAUUGUAAAUAGAAAGACUUUCCACAGUGUGUUACAGCAAUGUUUAAAAGAAAUUUUAUUUGUUAAA